ACCAGAGAGAAGCGAGGCACGUCAGCUAACCAUAAAAAGUGAAAUUAAAGCGUUACUUUAUAUUCUUUUAAGUGUUAUUCACUCGAGAAGAAGACACACAUCCGAGAGAAACAAGGACUACAAGUUGAAAACAGCGACCGGGAAUAAGCAGAUGGAAAUCUGGAUGGUCAGCAACUUAGACUCAAAGUUUGGGAGCUUCUCAGCAAACCAUCUCAAGAGGAUUUGAAUAAGCAAAAAGGAGGCAGGAAAAUGACCUAAUUAAUGACAAGCGUGACAGACAACCUGGCGCAAAUGUGUUGGUGGUAAUUUCCCCAGUUUCACCCACAAGGAAGCCACAUGCAUCAGCGCACAUACACGGACGACACAUUUGCAAACCCCGCCCUUCCCUUCCUGCCAUCCGCCCCAGUCCUCCAUGGAUUCCUACAACUUCCACUUUGAGAGAAUGAGCAACGUGGACCUGCAUCCUCUGAGCCUGCCUGUCAGCCGGCUCUCCCCAGCCAAGUCCAACAGCAGCAUCGCCGACCAACUCGCCCACCACCAACACGGCAAAGGAGACUCUGCCUACAGCUCCUUCUCCGGCGGGUCCACUGCCCCAGACUACCCCUCUCCCUUUCUCCCAGACGACCUACAUUCCAGCUCCUUCAGCCACUAUGCUGAUCUUAAGUACGUGAAGUCCAUUUACCAUCCAACCCAGGUUCUGCAGUCCGACUCCAAGACCAUGGACCAGCUCUAUCGCUCUGUGGAAGCCAUCUCACAGCAGUAUCGUAACAAUAACAGCACUGAUGUUAAUCACCUCAAUGGCAACAACAGUUUCCAUAAUAACAAUAAAGUGCUCUCGAAAAAAGAGGCGCCUGCGGUGACUCCAUCCCAAAGUGCUUACCCUCCUGUCCGUCCUCCUCCAGUCCCAGCACGCCUGGAUAGUUUCAUAGCCACAAAAAACUUGGAAAACAGCCGGGUACACCAUCAAGGCACCGAGUUUCAACCCCAACAGCCACAGGUUCAACAACAGCCCAGGCCCCACAAUCGGCUGCAUCCACAGCCCCAUGGUGGGAAUUCUCCAAAACCUGAGACAGCUAAACCGGAUACAGGCAAAUCAAGCUUCAAUUCUGACCCAGUUUACUCCGUUUGGAGAGGACCUCAACAGCCACAGCCACAGGUCCAGCAGCCGCCAAGCUAUCGUCUCCACCUACAGCCCCAAGAUCAGCCCAGGGCACCGUUAAACCCAGAAUACCUUUUCAUCACGGACAACAAAGCCGCCACUGAGCAGCAGAAGUCAACAAACAUCCUAAGCCGAUCCCCUCCCAGAGGACCGAGCCAGCCCGAAAACCUGAAACCUAAAUCGCCCUCAAGCAGCGGUGGAUGUAAUGGAGACCAUCACAGCAAGCCCGGUGGUAGCGGUACCCAUUUCGAGAGUCAGCGCAAAAGGUCGCACUCGGCCCAUGAUUGGCUUGGUUCAGAGCCAACCCGAGCUGCCAGCCCCUGGAAUGCUGGUCAGAGUUUUAUCAACAGCAGCAUCCAGCAUAAGGGUCAGUUCUACUUUGUCACAGGAGUGUGUAAGCUGUCGGAAUCUGGCAUGAGGACACACUCUCCAUCUGUGUGUGGGUCUGAGGCUGGGAGUGAGAGCUCCACUGUGGUGGAGACGCACCGGCUAAGAGAAAAAGAAAGAUGCCACAGCACAAUGGAUAAUUUCUUUAGACCUCUCCAAGAGAGCUCUCGUUCUUCCAGUGGAGUGAUUCCAGAUGAGAGAGAGGCUUUCUCCUCCCAGAGCAUGGACCUGUCCCCCAGAAACCAGGAUCAGGAGAAUCACAGAGUAUCCCUUAUCUCGACACAGUCCUCUCGAAGCUUUGACGCCUUAGAAGAAAUCGACAUGAUGCAGAGUAGAGAUAUUGGCCGCCACACCGCCAGUAACCCUAUAUUCUACUGUGGACCUGACAGAAACGGCCCACCACAUUCAACCAAACAAACAAAAGAGGCCACCUCACUGAUAAACAAUGAAAAGAUCAACCACCACAAGAGAGAGGAGCAGGCAAAGAGAGGCAAACGGCAGCCCUUAGGGGAUGUAGCCAGCGAGAGGAUAAACAAAGAAACAACUCCGCUUCUGUACCACCUCACUGGAGCCAACAGGGCAGCAUUACAGCCUAAAAAGGAUGCUGAUUUUAUUAUUAAAGGAAAAGAAGCAUUCCCAAACAAAACAGGUCAUGGAGAAAUGGCUGUUAAUGAUAAGGAGAGACCUCCAAAAAGUGACACAAGCAAGAGCGACAGAGGGGAAGUUCUAUCUGUUGCCUGUAACACCCUGGAUGACUCGUUUAAAAAGUACUACAAAGAGAAGCUGAAGGACGCCCAGUCAAAAGUCCUAAGGGAGACGUCAUUUAAAAGGAGAGACCUGCAGCUCUCAUGGCCACAUCGUAUCAGGCAAAAACCUGAGCUGAGGCCGACAGUGAUUCACACCUUCUCCUCAUCACAGGACUCCGAGACUUCAACAGAUACAUUAACUCCCUCUGUGAACUCUGAGGAGACAGAGAAGGAGAGCAUAAAGGAAGAAGUCAGGGAGAAGCAGGAGGAGAUGGAUAAAGACACUGAAAAGGAAAACGGGAGACCAGCGAAUGUGGCCCAGCCCCAGGUAGCACGCAUCGGAGGCAGAAAGCGUUUGACUCAAGAACAGAAGAAGAUGUGCUACUCCGAACCAGAGAAACUCAACCAGCUUGGCAGCGCUCCUAUUCACUCUUUAUGCCGCUCCUUUGGCAACGAAAGUGAAAGCCUUGAAUGUGAAGGAGAGGAACAUGUGCAGCAAGGAGAGCUGGGGCUGGUGGCAGCACGGAGGAAGAUGUUUGAGACAAGAGGCAGAGCCCUUUCAGCCUCUAGCGCUUCAAAGACAAACUUAAAACAUCUGCAGCACAAGGCCCUUGUGGAGUACAUGGAGCGUAAGACGGGUCAGAAAGUGGCCGAGCCACAGCAACCAGCGCCUCAGCUACCAUCUCCAUCCAGACAGAGGCAUUCUCUGGGGGAGAAACCUUUCGACUGGGGUCCCAGGCCUUUAUCAGCAAAUAAUGAAGGCAAAAAUACCAAGAAGAAACUCCACAGACCCCACUCUGCAGGCCGCAUCCUGGACUCCUCCACCAGCUCCAUCAGGUAUGCCCAGUUCUUCUCAGCUCAGUCUUGUUCAGGCCAAUACGCUGGCCAGUCGAAUCAACCCAGAUUUCGGGAGAGCCAAGGUCCAUCUCAGGGGAAGUCUGCCUCUGUGGAGAGUCUCUUGGACCAGUCAGAACCACCGAGUUUCUUCAGGAACAGAUCCACAUCCACACCACAUGCGUUUCAGGCACUCGACUAUGAGGAGGAUCCAUUACCAGUUAAUACCAUGGAAACCAGCAGUCCCCAGACGACUGCCACUGAGGACUCCUUAAUAAUGGCAGCCUCUGAGGGCCGGCAGCGUGUCCGUGUGGUCGCACAGAGGGGGAAGUCCAUGGAAGAGCUUGGGGCAUCAAAGUUAACAAGACCAUCAGCCUUGAGUAAAAGUUCUGAGCAACUAGAUCAACUGUGGAGGGAUUCUACCGGACCAGAAGGAACGGACCGAGACAAGAGGAGUGUUUCAUUCUUCGCUGAAGUCAGAGAAGCUCAGGGGCAGGACCGGGGGAAGAAGAAACAAAAUGUAACAGAGGAAAUGGGAAAAGAACCAGAGGUUGCUGGUCAGAAGAACACUCAGGAGCAGACACAAAACCAAACCCAGAAAAAGUCUCUGUUGAAGCAGAACUCAGAACCAGGAGAGGAUGGAACAAGGGGCUCAAGUAGAUCCACCUCCCCGGCCUCCCGCUCCUGUUCCCGGGCCAGGGUUCACUCUGGACCCCCUGGUUCUCACAGCCCGGUCACAGAUGACUUCAGAUCCAGUAGACCGCCCAGCGAGACUUCAUCUGAACCACCUUCCCCCAGAUGCCUAGAAACAAGUGAGAAGGAGAUCAAAUCCACCUCAUCCACCCCCACGCAGACAAAGCCUCCUUUUGAAAACAGGCCUAGCUCCAGCAGAGCCAGGACUUCUCCAUCUCUGACUGGAUCAGAGAGAGAGCAGUCUGUGGAUGAACCAAGCAACGAUGCCCCGCAGCCUGAAGCCUGCCUGAACCAUGAAGUGUCUCUGAGCUGCGGCGUCACCACAGAUCCAUCACUGUGGAUUCUCCCUCCAGAGGAAGAGAUCAAAGAGGAAGGCCAGGCUUCACCGCUGACAGACAACGUUUUUGACGAGUCCACCAGCUCGGCCCCUCCAGCGCAGACAAGUGAAACCUCUGUGUCUCCCUGCACCUCCGUCUCUGACACAGACAUCAGUCAGCAGGUGGAGGAGGAGGAAACUCCAGAAGCGGAAGAUGAGAAGUCGGGCGAAAACCAGGAGAUGGAGGAGAGAGGGACACCGGAGGGAGAGACGGAGAGCCUGAAAAGGCCUGCUGAGAGACCUCAGUGGGAGGAGCUGGUAGAAGUGGUGGUCAGGGCCGACCAAUCACUGGCCAGAGUGUUCUACCCACUGGCCAAUCGUAAGACGGCACUGAUGCUGAUGGAGCAGCUGCUGUCAGAGGACACGCUGCUUAUGGAGGAGCACUAUAAGAAGAAACAGGAGCAGAAAGGAGCUGCAGAAAGUGCUGAAACGGUCGAGGGGGCCGAACCAACUCUGUGUCCUGCUCCUGACAGCCUUAGAUCUCAGUGUCCAGACCUGCCGAGCAAAGCUGACAUCACUGAGAAAAAGCGUCUGUUAGCAUCUUAUAUCGAGGAGCGCCUGCGUUCGCUGGAAGAGACGCGUGACGUCCUGCAGAUAGAGAUUCAGGAGAACGUGGCCCACGGGGAGGCCCUGGAGGUGCUGGUCCAGGAGCGCUGUCAGCCCGUGGAGCUGGAGAGGUACAACCUGUUCAUAGGAGACCUUGAGAGGGUGGUCAACCUGCUGCUGUGCCUCUCUGCACGACUGGCCAGGGUGCAGAACGCCCUGAGCACCGUGGACCAACACACAGAUGCUGAGGAGAAGCAAUCUCUGGACAGUCGCCACCGUCUGCUGUGCAAACAGAGGGAGGACGCCAAAGAUCUGAAGGAUAACCUGGACCGGAGAGAGAACCUGGUCUCCACCUUCCUGUCGCGUCAGCUGUCCGCCGAGCAGCUGCAGGACUACCGGCGCUUCGUGCAGACCAAGGCCUCGCUGCUCAUCCGGCAGAAGGACCUGGAGGAGAAGCAGAGGCUGGGAGAGGAGCAGCUGGAGGCGCUUUCAAGCAGCCUCAAUCUGUGAAGGGAGGAGCAAGGAACGCACAGAUUCCUCCUUUCUUUUUCUUGACUUGCCUUGAAGGAGGAUGGAAGUUUUGGCUGUACUUUUCACAUGAAUUAUAAGUGGUCCAGCUGAUAUCCCCCACCCUUUUCACCCUCUCAUGACUUCCUUUAGUCAUUUAAAAGUUUGACAGGGAGCCCAUCAUGCCUCCUGCUGCUCUUCUCUUAUUUUAAAUAGGCUGCACAUGAGAUAAGUAACAAGGACUGUUGAGACUGAAGCCUUUGUACAGAGGGUGCCCAGUACCCAAUCUCCGCCCAUUGUCAGCCUGCACAGUGUGCAGCGUGCACCUGAAGGCUUUUCCCAACAUGUCGCACAUGUUUCCGUUGACUUUGAACAGAGGACUGAGCUGUUAUUUUUUUUUCUGUGUGCCUUGAUGUUGCUGUGUAACAUUUCUCCAUUAGAGCUGCUGUGUGGAAACUUUGCGUCCCCCCGUUAGCCAUUCAGCAACUGUCCUUCACUUAUUUUCAAGAUUGUAGUGCUACAGCCCUGUAUCUGCACCUGUGGAAACCUAUUAUAAGCUUUAAGAUUGUAUUCUGACCUUUGAGGCUUCAGUGAAAAAGUGUAGCCCGAGAGGGGGCGGCGCUAAACUGUAUCAUGUCAGUUAAAUGUGUCAUAGAUGUCGUAGAUUUAAUCUUUUUUGUAAAUGUUCUUAUUUUUAAAUGUGUUUCAAAUUAAGGCACUAAAAACCAAAAAGGGUGAAUGAAAAAAAAAGCACUUUGUAAUGAUACAUAAAUGCACAUUUCUUCAAAUCAGAUUCAAGUAAUUUCAAGUGAAAGCCUUACUCCAUCCAUUCAAACAACAUUCUUUUAUUUGUUUUGUCAUGAUUUCUUUUUUUUAAAGGUACACAAGCACAGCCAGCAAUAUUAAGGAUUGUGUACAAAUACUUUUCCAGCUAAUUUCAUACUUAAUGUUAUUAGGUCUUGAUGAUUUCAUGCUGGAACAGCUCCUCAUAAGGAGGUGCUUAAUCUCUUUAAAGCAGAUUAUAAGUAAGCAACAAUUAGUAUUUUCUCCCUUUGUCCCUAUGUCGCAAAAGUGACACGUGAUACUUGAAAUACCUUUUUUUUUAAAGAAGAAAGUCCACAAUCUUCACUUCAGGUGUCUUAAACUAAUUUUCUAUUCUCUACCUCCACUGUGUAGCCCCUUUUAGACAUAUGUAACCUAUAUUUAAAUGUACACAGUAGUUUGAAAGCUCUUCUUGUUAGUACUGAAAUAGAACACACUGUUGAAUCAAAUCCCCCUCAUUUUUAAGGAAUUUCCCAUUUUAACAUUAAUAUUUGUGAUUUGUUUUUAUAGUUGUAUUAAUUUCUUCUUACUGAAACCAGACACAUCUGAGUUAAAGAAUGACGUGAACGUUUGUGCUACGUCAGAAUAUGUGCAGUGUGUGUGUGUGUGUGUGUGCGCGUGUGUGUGUGUGUUUGCUUGAAAUCAUGAAUGUCUUAAAUUCAUGUGUGUAGAGAUUAGCUGUUGAACAGAAAGACAGAACUCCUAUUGGUGUUCGGUGUUCCUAUGUAAGUGGUAAAAUGAUCAAAAUGUUAUCGUCCCUCAGGAAAUAAUACCUGUUGGCUGUACUGAAAAAAACUGAUCCAGUGUAUGGAUUAUGUAUAUGAUAUUUAUGUAAUUAUGACCACAAAAGAGGAAGAGCAUCAUUUUCAGCCUCUACCCAUGAAAAAACAUUUACUCGCUAACUCACAAUGUCAAAAAAUGAACAGGAAACUCUUAACGUUGAAAGAUAUUUUCAGUUUCUUUUGCUAAGCAGCUUCUCCAACCCCCCCGCCACCUCCCCUAAAACAUUUCUCUGGAGAUUUACAACCCUGUCCAUUUCAGUUUGCUAAACAAAUGUAUGUUUGUUUUGGCCUUUGUGCUGACGCAGGGCUGAAGGGUUAGAAAGACUCUCAUGUUGUUCCUCGCAGCCUGCUGGAAUUCCUCAAGUAUGCAACAUUUUGGAGAAAGAAAGACUGCGGGGGAGAAAGUGAAGAAAGCGCUCCCACAGAGGAGGAGGAGGAGCCGCACAUGGAUAAAAACACAUCAUUUUAAUUCUUGUUACACAUGCAUACUCACAAACUUCCUGAGUCAUUUCUUCUUUCUGUCAUUCAAUCAAAGCAGUGUUUUUUGAAGUAGGAUUUUAUUUGUUUAGUUUGUUUCGAACAUUGGAAGUUUUUCACAGAAUCUGUUUUAAAGCCAAGAAGAAAAAGACAUAUUUCAGUGAGUCCUGGUUGGUGGGAUGGCAGCACGGACAUUUCUAAAUAACUUUUUUUCUGCUCUAUUUCACACCGGUUUUCUGUUAAGAGUUUGAGUUGUUUUUUUGUGCCUGCUUGGAGUUGUAAAUUCCACCAUGUUUGUAAUAUUGUGAAUAAAUUAAGCUCUC